AUGGAAGGGGUGAUGACCCCUGACAAGAAUAGUCACGUUUCGGGUGAGGAGGAUGAUCGGUUCCCAAAGGGUUUAAGGGUUCUUGUGGUUGACGACAAUGUCACCUGUCUCCGCGUUCUGGAGAAGAUGCUUCGAGAUUGUUCGUACCGAGUGACCAAGUGCCGGCACGGAGAGGAGGCAUUGUCCUUGAUUCGAGAGAAUAGGAGCGGCUUCGACAUCGUCUUGACAGACGUUCACAUGCCUGGGAUGGAUGGACUUCAGCUUCUCGCCAAGAUCGCUAACAUGGAGAUAACCUUGCCUGUAGUCAUGUUUUCAAGCGAUGAUGAAAAGGACACUGUCGUGAAAGGAGUGCAAAGUGGGGCUUGUGAUUUUCUAGUGAAGCCGAUUCAAAUCAGCACUCUCAAGAUUCUAUGGCAACAUGUUCUUCGGAGCAACCCAUCGUCGAGGAACAAUUCUACUAAAGAAUUAGAGAUGCCGCACGCUGUGAUCACAUCAACAUCUAACGAUACCCAUCCUCAGGCAGAGAAUGAGGAAGAGAAUUCUAAAACCUUGCAAAGGAGCAGCGAAGAUGAAGGUGAUCAAAGUCAGACUAAAAGCGAGGCGAAGAAGCCCCGCAUGGUUUGGACACCUGAGCUAAACCGAGUGUUUAUCAUGGUCGUCGACAGUCUUGGAAGCGAUGAUGCCAAACCUAAGAAGAUAUUGCAAAUUAUGAGGAAAAUAACGGGUGUUCCUCAUCUCACUCGGCAAAAUGUCUCCAGCCACCUUCAGAAAUACCGCAUGAACUCCAAGAAGACAGGUGAAGCCUCAAAGCAUCAAAGUGCACAUUCUUCUCUCGUUGAUGGCCCUGGCUUUGCCAAUCCAACCCAUUCCACUCCUCUACCAUCAUCAUCAUUAAUUGGGUGCGGCGGUACCCAAAACGAUGCUGCUUCAGCUCAAUAUCCAUCACAAGCUAUGAGGAUUGCCCCUCAAGGGCCAUACACAGGUUGUAGCAUGAGGAUGCCUAAUCCAGUUGAGUUCCCAAAUAAUGAUGCGCUCCCAAGGUACCAGAUAAGGCUCCAAUCACAGCCACAUGCACCGUUGCAGCAAUUGAAUCCACUUCUCCAAAACUUCGGUUGCCAACAGCAAAGGAAUGAAUCAGCUCAACGCUUUUUCUAUGCUUCUGCACCAUCCGUUGGGUUCACUUCACCGAUGAAUAACAUCACGCACCCAGUUCUUCCUAAUCAGAGUGACACCUCACUCAUUGUGCAGAUGUCCCAAACACCUUCAAAUAGGCAAAUCCUAGAUGAGACUGCAGCUGCAAGAUACUAUCUUUCCACCCCUACUCACCCUCAUCCAUUGCAUGGCCAGAUUUCAACACAUGACAGUCGAAGCCUUAAUCAGAGUGACACCUCACUCAUCGUGCAGAUGUCCCAAACACCUUCAAAUAUGCAAAUCCUAGAUGAGACUGCAGCUGCAAGACACUAUCUUUCCACCCCUACUCACCCUCAUCCAUUGCAUGGCCAGAUUUCAAAACAUGACAGUCGAAGCCUUAAUUCAAGUACUCCCUAUCCCACUUCUGAGCAGGGUCUGCCUGGAGCCCUCAGCACCAUCGGAGCUAAAGUGAAUGAAUCCUGCAGCAGCAAUAUCGUGCCAGUCAAAGGAGAGUUCUCUUACCGGAACUACCAUAAUGCUAUUGCUGAGGACUGCCAAGUAUAUGGUGACGAGGCCAUGUUUGCAGAUAAGCUUGAUCCGAAUAUCUUCAAGGAUCUUGGGUUUGGGGAAGACGUUCCCUCUUUUGGCAACUUCAUCCAGGACAAUGGUGCCAUUUAG